CAUUAUCUCUAGGGCACUGGGGUGGGGGGAGCGCUCACUGUUUGGGGGCUACUCUACCUCUGGCAGGGGAGCAGCAGGAGAGCAAAGGCCACAUCAGUGGUGCUGUCACUCCCGCCAGACGUGAUGCCCAUGCUGGACCCUAGCCAGCUCGCUAUCCGUGAGAUGCAGGAAGAUGAGGAGCAGAUGGUUCUGGAACUGCUAAAGGAUGGGUUCAAGGACACGGAGAACCGGCUGAUCCUGUAUGUCCUGACGCGGCCCCUGGCGCUGCUGCUCCUGGCCGUGGUGAGCAGCGGCCUCCGCUUCCUGCUCAACUCCUUUGUAGCGGCGCUGCUGGGGCCCGUGCUCCUCACCAUCCUGGCCCUCAAGCUGCUGCUGCGGCGCUCGCCGGACCUUGGCUGCCUGGGCGCGUACUACCGCUCGGGGCAGCGUGGGCUCUGGGUGGCGGUGUACGACGGCGACGAUGUGUGCGGCUGCGUGGCGCUGCAGCCCUGCCCGCAGGGGGUGACCCGCACGGCUGAGCUGAGGCGUUUGGCCGUCAGCCGCUGGUACCGGCGCUCCGGCGUGGGGCGCUGCCUGGUGGCCUUCCUGGAGGCCCAGGCCCGGGCGCAGGGCUAUGAGCGUGUGGUGCUCUACACCGCCGUGGUCACCAAGGCUGCCAUCAGCCUCUUUGAGAGCAGCGGCUACCGCCCCACUGGUGGGCGCAGCUGGCUGGGCUAUACCAUCCUGCAGGAAUUCAGCAAGGAGCUCUAGCACCCGCUGCCCCCCUUCUGCUGGGUCGGGGGAGUGACUUGUAGGGAGCAAUUCUGGCGAAGGGCUGGCGGGCCGCAUCCGUCCUCAUGCCCAGGAGUCCCUCUGCUCCAUGGAUGUGGGAUUUGGGGUGCGGCAGCCCCAGCCUUCUUUCCCAGGACAGCAGUGCCACCUCUUCCUUGACUGGAAACAGCCUGUUUUGGAUGAGUCCCUUGCUGGAGCUUCAGCUGGACAAGACCGGCCGGACCUGAUUGUGACGGGAGGGGGGGAGGGAAAUCACAGACCCAGUUGUGACUGUGACUGCGACUGCUGGGGGGGAGCGGGGGGGAAAGAUCACAGACCCGAUUGUGACUGUGGUGGGUGGGGAUCAUAGACGCUCUGGGGACCCUGACAUGGAACGGCGCAAAAGGGACCUUCAGCUUGGAGACUGGGGAAGUCCUGCCCCUGGGGUGGAGGUGCAGGCGUUGCCCCAGGGGUGUGGGGGGGGAACCCCAGCAUUAGAGCAGGGCUGCGGAGGAGUGUCUCUCUCCUGCCCCAGAGUGGGCUCUCUCCAGCACCCGCUUGGCUGUGUGAUGGAGUCGUUUGGCCAUGGUUUGCCAUGGGCGAAUUCCUGGGCCUGCUCCUGGCUGAGGAUCACAUUGGUGCAGCCAGGAGAAUGGGGACUCUGGAGCGGUCAGUUGCCCCUGCAGUCUGGCAGCUCCUGUCCAAGCACCCAGAGCUCACGCUGUCCCACCCGGGGCCAUGGGACCUUGCUGCAGUCACGCAGGCUACCAGCCGUCGCCGGGUACAUGUAUGUCCGAGCAUGUGUGUGAAUAAAGCUUGCAUUGCAGA